AGGAGUAUUUUAUUUUUGUUUUGUUUUCUGAAUAAAAGAAAAGGGAAGGAUUUCCUAUUUGAAUGAUAUGCAAAGUUGUUGGCACUUUAUUUAAAAUCACCUACUAAGUAGUAACAAUUUGGAAAGCAAGAUCCUCUAUAAAUUAAAAUCCAUAUAUCCGAAGAAAACACAUUCCACCAAAUGCAGGAAAAUGUCAUCACUCAAAACUCUCAACUCCAUCAACCUCUUCUCCAUCAAAGCCUCCUCCCCUCCUCCCUCUUCUCCCUCUCUCUCAUCCAUGAAGCUCAGAGCCCUCCUCCAAACCUUCAUCUUCUCUCACCUCUACCGCGCCAUCUCCAAAGCGAAAUCGCUCCUCGUCCAAAUCUUGAAGAACCUCGAAUUCCCAUUGCGCAAGAGCAAGCAGAAGAAGCUCUAUUUCGGGUCUUUCAGGCUGCACUACAACUGGUGCUCGUCUUCUCGCACCGUGCCGCAGUUCAAUGAUUAUCCCGGCUGGGACGUCGGGGCGGUGGGGGAUUGCUCCGGUGAGCUGUCCAAGUAUCUGCAGUGGCUGGAGGAGAGAGGCGAUGAGGAGUCGUGCAAUGAGAUUGAUAGGCUGGCUGACUUGUUCAUUGCCGACUGCCAUGAGAAGUUCAGGCUGGAGAAGCAAGAAUCUUAUAGGAGAUUUCAAGAAAUGAUGGCUAGAAGCAUUUAAUUCACUUUUUUACUUUGUCAUCUUGACUGGAUUAAUUAGGUUUUUUUUUUCCUUUGGGGAUGUAUAAUUUUCUCAUCUUUUUGUUUUGUUUAUUGGGGUGAAUGGAUUGGUGGGAUUUGUGCAAAUUCUAAUUUUAAUUGAGAUAAUGUUGGAACUAGCCUUUUUCAACUAUGCAAUAUUGUUUUUUGGAAA